CGCAAAACUCAACCGUGAGGAAAACCAUUUCCGUGAAUUUUGUAAUCGAUUGGUUGUAGUUUACAGCUUGGGUAACUGGGCGAGGAGAAGGAAACAGGAAGUGCGCGUUAUACCGAGCAAGUCCAAGUCGAUGUUAUGGAAAUGGAGGCUUGUUACAGAUGAUGCUGGCUGUUGUUAAUAUAUGUGCCUGAAUAUUUGGACAAAAAAAAAAUGAAGAACAGCAUUGAGGAUCAUGAACCCAAUAAACAAAUGACUCUCUAGAUGAUUGUACUUGUUCUUAUUGCAUUCUAUACCAGCAGAAGCCUUAUACAAGGUCUUCUGUUAACAUUAGCUCACCAUCAAGUGUGUUUAAAUGAACAGUUUGGGACCACUAAUAUGGGGAACAGUUGUGUGUGCAGAGAUGAUAGCGGUGUGGAGGACAAUGUUGAUUCUCCAAGUCAGCAAACAGAAAACCGCAUUACACCUGUGCAUGAAACACGGAGCCGCCCAAGAGACCCUGUAAGACCUCCACGAAGAGGUCGUGGACCACACGAGCCAAGGAGGAAGAAACAUAACGUUGACAGUCUAGUGCUGGAUACUUUGGCUGUGAUCAGAACUUUAGUGGACAAUGACCAGGAACCUCCUUAUUCUAUGAUCACCCUACAUGAGAUGGCAGAAACAGAUGAAGGAUGGCUAGAAGUUGUCCAGUCUUUGAUUAGAGUCAUUCCAUUAGAAGAUCCUCUUGGUCCAGCUGUGAUUACAUUGCUACUGGAUGAGUGUCCACUGCCAACUAAAGAUGCCCUCCAGAAACUGACAGAAAAAUUGCAUUUAAGUGGUGCAACAGCGAUUCAAGAUUCUUGCAAUCCUGCAAAACAUCGGAAUACUACAGCUGUAUUAGGAUGUUUGGCUGAGAAACUUGCUGGACCUGCUAGCAUUUCUUUAUUAUGCCCUGGAAUAUUGGAGUAUUUAUUAGAGAGCUUGAAUUUCCGAUUCCAUCCCAUGGUCAUUCUAUUUGCACUUAUAGCGCUGGAAAAGUUUUCUCAAACAAGUGAAAAUAAGAUGACUGUAUCUGAAUCACAGAUUAGUGAUCGUCUUCUCCUCCUGGAGACUUGGACACAUAAUGCAGACUUCUUAAAGCGUCAAGUUGGAUUCUGUGCCCAGUGGAAUUUGGACAACUUGUUUUUAAAAGAAGGUCGACAACUAACUUAUGAGAAGGCUGACUUAACGCAUAUAAAUGCCAUGCUCAACAGUAAUGAUGUGAGCGAGUACCUCAAGAUAUCCCCAUAUGGAUUAGAGGCUCGCUGUGAUGCUUCAUCUUUUGAGAGUGUUCGAUGCACUUUCUGUGUAGACUCUGGAGUCUGGUACUAUGAAGUUACAGUAAUUACCUCUGGGGUCAUGCAGAUAGGGUGGGCAACCAAGGACAGCAAGUUUCUCAACCAUGAAGGAUACGGUAUUGGAGAUGAUGAGUUUUCCUGUGCUUAUGAUGGCUGCAGGCAGCUGAUUUGGUACAAUGCCAAAAGUAAAGCUCAUCAACACCCAUGCUGGAAAGAAGGAGAUACAAUAGGUUUUUUAUUGGACCUGCACAAAAAGCUGAUGAUUUUCUAUUUAAAUGGAAAUCCACUUCCUCCUGAAAAGCAAGUCUUUUCAUCUGCCACGUCUGGGUUUUUUGCUGCAGCAAGUUUCAUGUCUUAUCAACAGUGUGAGUUUAAUUUUGGAGCCAAGCCCUUUAAAUUUCCUCCUGCAAGCAAAUUUAGCACUUUCAACGACCAUGCGUUUCUGGCACCAGAAGAAAAAGUCAUUUUGCCCAGACAUAGGCGGUUAGCCUUGUUAAAGCAAGUGAGCAUCAGAGAAAACUGCUGUACUCUUUGCUGUGAUGAGCUAGCAGACACAGAACUUAAGCCAUGUGGACACAGUGAUCUCUGCAUGGAGUGUGCUCUGCAGCUUGAGACAUGUCCAUUGUGCCGACAAGAAAUUAAGACUCGGGUCCGACAGAUAUCUCAUAUUUCUUGACAUUUGUGGAGUAUAAGCAGAUUUUUGUUUGUUAUUUUUUUUAUAUGUAUAAAUUGCAAGUUAUUGCAAAUAUUUUGUAUCUGCUUAAUAUGACAAAUUGAAAAUGGCCAUAUUUUAUAGAAAAGUAUGAAUGUGAAUGAAACCACUCUGUUCUCAGCCUCACAUCUUUCAGAAAUGAUAACUAUUCGGCAAGGUUCUAAUUCAACUGAUUAAACACCCAGGGGAAUUUAAUUUGUUUUGCUCAUUUAAUAUUGGGGAUAAGUUUUUUGCACUACUAUUAUGCAUUGUUAUAUUUGCCACAUGUACAAAAAGUUGUAACAUACUUAAAGUGUUUAUUUUUGGCAGACAAAAUACAGUAUUUGCCUAAUGUUUUCUAUUCAUGCAGCCUUCCUGCUGGUCAGUGGUUUUUCUUUAUCAGAUGUGGAUAGAAAGUUAUUGUGAUAAGUGGAGACAACACCUUUUUUUUUUUCAAUUUUAAUUUAUUAAUUCCAAAGAUCACUCUUUGUUAAAUGUACAAAUACUGCAAAAUAUUAAUUGUAAAUGUUAAUAUUUUUUUUUUAUUAUGCAUUGGUGGUAUGGUGACCUAUUUUUUGCAAUAUUUAUAAAUGUUUUAUUCAGAUAAAACAUUUUUCACAUUGUGACCAAUGAUAAAUAUUCAUUUGUAUUAUGAAAUGCUCUGUAAAAUCAACAAAUACUUGAAGGUACUAAUGUUUCAAAGAAUACAUGUUGUGCAAAACCUUUAUUUACGAUUCAUUAAUGAUUUUAGUACAAAAGGUAAUAUGUUUACAAAGGGAAAUCUGUAAAACGUAUAAAAUAUGUUACCAGAGGCCUCUUGCAAGUCAAGCUACUUUUUAUAAGACCUUUGAUACUUGCCCAAAUAAAUACCUUCUUCAGUCGACUUAAAACACAUUUACAUAGAUAAAAGUGAUUUGUUUCUAUGUAGUAACUUUUAAAAUGAUCAAAAAAAUAUACACUUAAAAAAUUUGUAAUAGCUUACAAAAAUGAAGGAAAAAAAUUACCACAGGAAAAUGCAUAAUGGUCAUGCCAAUAAGUGGUCCGAAAUAUUUUCUACAUUCCAGUUGAAUAUGCCAUUGACUGCUUAAAAUGAUGUAAUAAACUUUGUACAAAAAAAGAAACGAGAACAAAAGAGAGCCUAUUUCCAGUUGUGUUUAGUAAGAGAAAUGCAAAAAUAAAAAUGAGAGACGAAGUGUGUUCUAUUUUAAUGUAAAUUACAUCUAAAUAAAAUGAAUCAACCGCC